ACAACACGUGCAGCGAAUGAAAAAUUCGUCGUCUGGAAGCGAGCCAAUUAACUGUGAGGGGGCGGGGCUAAGCAGAAACGUCGGCGUACUCUACUUUGGUUUGCUCUGCAGUAGAAUGUCUUCAGUCACAAGCGACGAAGGAGACGGAGCAUUAAAGAUGUUUGCGAAAGCCACUAAGAACCUGGUCUCUGAGAUCGACACUGAAGGUUCCCUGAUUCCAGUGUCCCGUCUGAAUGACUCCGACGGUCUGGCUCCUCUGGCCCUGGUCAUCAAACGCAACGGCUACUGGUUUUGGCAAGGGUCCAAGUACCAUCCAUCAGACUUCGAACUAAACGAUGUUCUUGUUGGAGAUCCCAUAGAUCCAGUUGUGGUUGAAACAGACUUUUUGAACUAUGAUAGCGAAGUUGUGGAUAACAAAAGUGGAAGUGCUUCUGCAGUACUUGGGGCGGGGACCGUUAAUGUAGGAGGGAGCGGCUCCAGCACACUUAAGUCACCGUUUGGAUACCUAAAGAAAGAGGAGGUGGAUAUCCAGAAGCUCUUACAGGAUUCUAAAUCUAGAGUUCUGGACCUGAAGCACUCUCUGAUCCAGCAGACAUGGGAGAAACAGGGCAAGGUGCUGACGCUAGUGAAGGAGCGAAUCAUCACCACUCAGCCCUGCACCAUCUCUGAGGAUCUCAAGAAAGAUGGAACCUUCGCUGGGGUGUUUGGGUCCGAUAAAACACUAAAGGUGUCAGUCAAUGAUGAAGCAAAGCCUUUUGCACAUAUUGACACUAAUGUGUCGAUCAUCAUCCCCCCCAAAACCACCAUUGCUUACAGCGUGAUUGAACUAGAGGUUGCUCACACUGGACACUACGAACUUUGCCUGCUGCCAAAUGUCAAGGGCGGUUUUCCAGUUGAAGGGCCAGUGAAGGUGAAGCAAGCAAGCACAGUUAGUGCAGCACCGGGGAGAACAACCAACAAACUACAGAAAGAUCUGGAAGGCCUCCAGGGACAGUUUGCAGUUCUCUCUAAACUCCCACCCAGCACUCGCUCCUCAUUAUUCCAGCAGAUCUCUCUGCUCCUGCAGGACAGCGCAGCCAUCAGCGUGCUGAAGGACGCCCUAGAGGACCUGCGUGAUGGGAAGCAGCCUGAUCCCAGUGCAUUGGAGAAGGUUCCUGCUCUGAAGGCCACGCUGGAGCUUGUACAGAAGACUGAUACAAAGCCCUCUGGAAAGAAGCUGGAACCCAGCGCUUUAACUGCCAUCCAUCUGCUCAUCAGCUCAUUAGAUGAGAUGAAGGUCUCUGCCCUGUUUGAGCUCAAAUCCUGCUUCAGUUACACAACCCAGCAAGCUCUGCUUCAUCUUGGCUACUUCAAUAUGAGGUCCCUCUGUGACUUCCUGUUUAGGGGUUUGAUUUAGGAGUAAAAAUGUGACCAUGCUGGCAAAAUGAGUCAGAAUACACACUGUCUAAUAUUGAGCUAUAACCAAAAGAAGAGAAAUGUGAGUUUUGGCUAAAAUGAGUUCAUUUAGCCCUCUUUUAGUCAUCCGAAUGCUUCAAGUAGUAAAUUAAAUAUCUAAAACUAUCUUGAUUUGUACGUUUUCUGAGAGGAGUACCUUUUUCUCUUCUCACUUCUGGAUGACUCUUGCUGCUUCUUACCACAAGUUGUAUAUCGUUGCGAAGCGCCACCUUAGCUAAUCUUGAAGGACAUUUCAACAAGACACACACAAGUUGUGUAGUGAUAAUGACAGUAUACAUUUUGUUGGUAAGCUUCAUAAAAGUUAAGUUGUGUUAACCAAAGGCCUUAAUUUACACAUAAAUCCAGAGCAUCAUUAUAACAACUCAGAAAAUUCCUACAGGAUGUCAUUCACCUGAGGAAGCUCUUCUGGCUUGUAGGACAACAAACUGUGCAGCUCUAUACACGUA